GCAGGCGCAAGAAGCAACCAGCCGUGCUAUCCGCUCCCGUUGCUACCGGAAUGCCCCUUCAGGUUAGCGAUUACAGCUGGCAGCAGACGAAGACUGUGGUCUUUCUGUCUCUGCCCCUCAAAGGCGUGUGCGUCAGAGACACGGACGUGUUCUGCACGGAAAACUAUCUGAAGGUCAACUUUCCUCCAUUUUUAUUUGAGGCAUUUCUUUAUGCUCCCAUAGACGAUGAGAGCAGCAAAGCAAAGAUUGGGAAUGACACCAUUGUCUUCACCUUGUAUAAAAAAGAAGCGGCCAUGUGGGAGACCCUUUCUGUGACGGGUGUUGACAAAGAGAUGAUGCAAAGAAUUAGAGAAAAAUCUAUUUUACAAGCACAAGAGAGAGCAAAAGAAGCUACAGAAGCAAAAGCUGCAGCAAAGCGGGAAGAUCAAAAAUAUGCACUAAGUGUCAUGAUGAAGAUUGAAGAAGAAGAGAGGAAAAAAAUAGAAGAUAUGAAAGAAAAUGAACGGAUAAAAGCCACUAAAGAAUUGGAAGCCUGGAAAGAAUAUCAAAGAAAAGCUGAGGAGCAAAAAGAAAUUCAGAGAGAAGAGAAAUUAUGUCAAAAAGAAAAGCAAAUUAAAGAAGAAAGAAAAAAAUUAAAAUAUAAGAGUCUUACUAGAAAUUUGGCAUCUAGAAAUCUUGCUCCAAAAGGGAGAAAUUCAGAAAAUAUAUUUACUGAGAAGUUAAAGGAAGACAGUAUUCCUGCUCCUCGCUCUGUUGGCAGUAUUAAAAUCAACUUUACCCCUCGAGUAUUCCCAACAGCUCUUCGUGAAUCACAAGUAGCAGAAGAGGAGGAGUGGCUACACAAACAAGCUGAGGCACGAAGAGCAAUGAAUACUGACAUAGCUGAACUUUGCGAUUUAAAAGAAGAAGAAAAGAACCCAGAAUGGUUGAAGGAUAAAGGAAACAAAUUGUUUGCAACAGAAAACUAUUUGGCAGCUAUCAAUGCAUAUAAUUUAGCCAUAAGACUAAAUAAUAAGAUGCCACUAUUGUAUUUGAACCGGGCUGCUUGCCACCUAAAACUAAAAAACUUACACAAGGCUAUUGAAGAUUCUUCUAAGGCACUGGAAUUAUUGAUGCCACCUGUUACAGACAAUGCUAAUGCAAGAAUGAAGGCACAUGUACGACGUGGAACAGCAUUCUGUCAACUAGAAUUGUAUGUAGAAGAUUUAGGGGCCGGGCACGGUGGCUCACACCUGUAAUCUCAGCACUUUGGGAGGCCAAGGUGGGUGGAUCAUGAGGUCAGGAGAUCGAGGCCAUCCUGGCUAACACGGUGAAACCCCAUCUCUACUAAAAAUACAAAAAAUUAGCCAGGUGUGGUGGCAGGUGCCUGUAGUCCCAGCUACUCGGGAGGCUGAGGCAGAAGAAUGGUGUGAACCCAGGAGGCAGAGCUUGCAGUGAGCCAAGAUCAUGCCACUGCACUCCAGCCUGGGCAACAGAAGGAGACUCUGUCUCAAAAAAAAAAAAAAAAAAAAAAGAUGGGAAUCUAAUUUAAAACUUGGUACUUGUUCUGAACCAUGCUACUAGUGGUUAUUUUUAUUUUAAACAACUAUUGUCUAGAUAAAAGAAGUGCUAAUAAAAUAUUUAUUGUAUUAAUCAUCAUUGCUGUAUAAACACAGGCCUACAGGAUUAUGAAGCGGCACUUAAGAUUGAUCCAUCCAACAAAAUUGUACAAAUUGAUGCUGAGAAGAUUCGGAAUGUAAUUCAAGGAACAGAACUAAAAUCUUAAUGACUAUUAGAAGUAACUAAGUAUUGUUAUAAGUUUUUUAAAAACAACUGGAGGCAUCUUUGUAUAUACUAUGGCCAGUUGCACAGAAUCACUUUCUGUUUAGUACUUUAGUUCUGUUGAGGGCAAAAUAUUAUAAAUCUAUAGAAAAUAAACUGUUUGACUUGAAUCAUUUCUGAAUAAGUAAAUCUAAAUAAGAAACUAUUUUAAUUCCUUAUUUCUUCAUAUUAAUACAUACGUAUACCUUUUUGUGUUACUGAAUUAAGCUUGCCCUUGUAACAAAAUAUGUUUUGGUAUAGUUACCAGGACACUUACUGAUUAAUUUUUAACAAGUUAGAAUUUUAAAAUAAAAGAUUUAUAAAUAA